AUGAUCUCUCCAGAGUCUUCCCUCUUCGGAAGCCCGCAAACGGGCGUUGGAAACGACUUUGAUGGCGUACCCAGCAUGUCUGAAAAGAGUCAAGUGGAUCCAAUCCACUUCGACGUUGAAGACGAUGGAGAGUCGACGAUGUCGCCAGGCUCCCCAGUCUCUUCCUAUUCGACUUUCACAGACUCGCUUUCUUCAUCUCAGGCUUUCACUGUCUCUUCGGAAGCGGGAAGCACGUUGGACAUACGGUCGCAUAUUGGCAUCAACUCCGACGAGGUAAAUGCCAACUAUGUCCGUAUUCCAGACUUUUUCUCUUCGAUCAUGUCUGUGAAGCCCGUCAUCAACGUCAAUUACGAUAAAGUAAAGAGAGAGGCAGAUAGUUGGAUUGCCACGAUCCUUAGUCUCAGUGAAGCUCAAGCCCGAAGAAACGUUCAAGCUAACUUCGCGUUCAUGAAUGCGAUGUGGGUCCCAUAUGCUGAUGAAGAGGCAUUUCGAACGAUGAUCGAUUGGAACAAUUGGGUCUUUGCAUUUGAUGACCAGUUUGAUGAAGGCCAUCUGAAAGACGACCCUAUUAAGGCAGUAGAGGAGCUGCAUGCCACUUUUGCGGUGCUAGAAGACAACCAAGCCCCAGUCCAGCUUCAUGACAACCCAAUUAGAUAUAUCUUUCAAACUGUCUGGGAUCGGUUCAAAAAGCAGAGAUCUACGAAAGAGUUGCAGGAGCGUUAUAAAGCUUCCAUCAGAUACUACUUCUCCGGCCUGCUGAGUCAAGUUGGAGUUCAAAGCUCCAAGUCCGCCAUGGCUCUCACUGUCGAGGAGUACAUGGGCUUCCGAAGAGGAACUAUCGGAUGUCAGCCAUCUUAUGUACUGGUUGAAUUCUGCCACGGCAUUAAUGUGCCUUCAAAUGUCAUAGACCACGAGAGCUUGCAAGAGUGCAGACGUAUUUCCGCCGACCUAGUCAUUCUUGUCAAUGACAUCUUAUCAUAUCGCAAGGAUUUGGAACAAGGUGUACAGCACAACUUGAUUGCUUUGUUGAAAUCUCAGGGGCACUCUACUCAGGAGGCUAUUGACGAGAUCGGAGACAUGAUCGAUGAAUGCUAUCGCGAUUGGUAUCUGGCUUUAUCGAAGAUGCCAAUCUGCGGAGAGAAGGUCGAUCAGGAGGUUAUUCGGUACCUUGAUGGCUGUCGUGAUGUCGCCCUUGGCAAUCUUCAUUGGAGUUACGAGAGCGGACGGUACCUUGGUGAUGAAGGCGCUUUAGUCAGACAAACACGAGUCUUGCGAUUACCCGAAGCCUAA